AUGCUAGUCUUGAUAUGGUUACUUACAAUGUCGUACUCAUUCACUCUCGCUAACUCACUCCAGCAAGAUUAUUGUGCUUCAGGUAAUUCAGGGGACUUGAGUACUAAGCAUUAUAAUAGUUAUCAAAGUAUCGGUGCUUGUUCAGAUUACUGUAAAAAUUUGAAUGAUAAUGGAAGUCGCUAUGUAUAUGGUGUCGUUCAAGGUAGCAACUGUUGGUGUGCUGACUCACUGCCAAGUAGAUCUCAGCAAGUGUCUGUAGAUAACUGCAAUGUGGGAUGUCCAGGGUAUGAUGUUGAAAAUUGUGGUAAUUCAAAUAGUGAUUUGUUUGGUUAUAUUAUGUUGGAUUAUAGUUUUGGUUUUAGUUCAAACUCAGCUUUGUCGACUAACUCAAGAUCUUCCACUGAUGAAUCAACUUCAUUAUCUACAGUAGCUUCUUCUUCUGGUUCUCGCUCUAGCUCUGAUAUUAAUUCGGCUACUACCUCUAGUACUACUACUAGAACUGCCUCCAGUUCUGCUACCAGUGCGACCUCCAGUACUUCAUCUUUAAUAACAUAUUCAAGCAGUAGUCUUAUAACAUCCACUUUUCCCUCUUUUACUAGUAGUCAAACUUCGAGUAAUAUAGAGACUAUUACAGAGUCUCUUCCCACAAGCAGUUCUCUUUAUUAUCAGUCAGAAUACUCCGAGGUCGUGACGACUUCAAUUGUGUACUCAUAUGUGACGCUAUCCAAUCAAACAGUGUCCCAUGCCUAUGCAAGUACGUUAGUAACUACUAUAUUCACGAGUUCUUUGACAGCACCCAGUUCUACAGGCACGACUGGUAGUUCUAAUAAUGACAUAACAAGCAGUGCAUCUAAGUCCAAUACUGGCUAUUGGGAUUCACCAGGGAAAGUGGCGGGAACAUUUGUUCCUAUAGGUGUCGUAGUAUUAAUUAUAUUACUAUUGGUGUUUUGGUUCGUUAUUUGGAAACCAAAGAAAAAACAAAGAGAUUUUGAAAAGGAGUACUUCGAAGCAGUCUCACCAAUUGACCGGACCAGUAACUUUCAUUUAUUUGAACAUGGAGAUAUAGAAAAGGAUCCUUUCUACUAUAAAUCGAGAAGAUCGACCAAAAUAUUCGAAUCGAGUGACACUUCUUCAGACAUCGUGGAUUCUCGACUUGAUCCAUCUAGAGUAUUCGCUAAUGCUGAGAUCAGCAAUUCGGGCGUUUCUUUAGCUGAUGACAUCGACUACUCACGAAAAUUCUUAAAAGUGACAAACGAGUAA